GACGGCGGGGCCGCCGCUGACCCUCCCCGGCCCGCAGCGCCGCGCCCGCCGGCCGGCCCCGCCUCCUCCCCCUGCGCCGCCGGGCGGGCGGGCCGCUGCCGGCCUCCGCGGUCCCCGCCCUCCUCGCCGCGCGCCCGCCCGCCGCCCUCGCUCCCAAGCCAGCCAGCCUGCCGGGCCGGCAGGCCGCAGGCCGCCCCGAUGCCCGAGCCAGGCCCCAGGAUGAACGGCUUCUCGCUGGGCGAGCUGUGCUGGCUCUUCUGCUGCCCGCCGUGCCCGAGCCGCAUCGCCGCCAAGCUGGCCUUCCUGCCGCCCGAGCCCACCUACACGGUGCUGGCGCCCGAGCAGCGCGGCCCCGGCGCGCCCAUCCCCGCCCCGGCCGCCGCCGCCGCCGCCGCCGCCACCGCCGCGGCCCAGCCGGCGCCGCAGCAGCCCGAGGAGGGCGCGGGCGCGGGGGGCGCGUGCAGCCUGCACCUGAGCGAGCGCGCCGACUGGCAGUACUCGCAGCGCGAGCUGGACGCCGUCGAGGUCUUCUUCUCGCGCACGGCCCGGGACAACCGGCUCGGCUGCAUGUUCGUGCGCUGCGCGCCCUCCAGCCGCUACACGCUGCUCUUCUCGCACGGCAACGCCGUGGACCUGGGCCAGAUGUGCAGCUUCUACAUCGGCCUCGGCUCGCGCAUCAACUGCAACAUCUUCUCCUACGACUACUCGGGCUACGGCGUCAGCUCGGGCAAGCCCUCCGAGAAGAACCUCUACGCCGACAUCGACGCCGCGUGGCAGGCGCUGCGCACCCGGUACGGUGUAAGUCCUGAGAACAUCAUCCUGUACGGUCAGAGCAUCGGAACUGUGCCCACAGUCGACCUGGCCUCGCGGUAUGAGUGCGCAGCCGUGAUCCUCCACUCGCCUCUGAUGUCUGGUUUGCGCGUGGCUUUUCCCGACACCAGGAAAACCUACUGCUUCGACGCGUUCCCCAGGUGGACUCGGGAUGUGGACCAACUCUCCCAGUGAGAAAAAACUAGCACUACUGAAUAAAAUGGAGAAGCUUCUUAAACAGAUGCAUGAACUGGUAAGAAGAUAAAGACUGUGCAGUAAAUGCCAAGUAAAGAUGAGAACCAAGAGGGAAGAGGAGCGCUGAAACCAGUUUUCUCCUGGUGGGAACUUGCUGAGCCAGGUUGACCUGAACAUUGGUCUCCAGUCUGGUGGGGCUUGGGGGCAGUAAACAACACUUCAAGUGCCCUCUACGGGGAGACUCCUUGGAAACUGCCCUCUUUUGGGCGAAAAUCAUAUGAUCAUCUCAGUAGACACAGACAAAACGUGAUGGAAUUCAGUGUCCCACUCAUGACUAAAAAUGAGACAAAACUCUUGUCAAACUAGGAAUAGAGGAAAACACACAGAGAGAUUAUCUCAAAACAGCCACCAAGAAGCAUUAUACUGAGUGUGGUAGAACAGUGAAAGCGCCAUUCUUCUUUAGAUUGGGAGUUAGCCGUAAUAUCCACUGGGCCUUACUUCUCAGAAUCCACGAAAGACCCUAGCAAGUGCGGUAGCAUCAAAAAACUGGAUAGAAAAAAGUAUAAGACAUGGGGGAAAAAAAGAGAAUGAAAAUAUGUUCUAAAACCAGAUUAUUGUGGUUGUGCAACUCACUAAACUUACAGAAAUCAUUCAAAUGUACACUUAAAGGGAUAGAUUUUAUGAUAUGUAGAUUAUACCUUAAUAAAAAUUUUUAAAAGAAAUGGGAAGUAAAUAGAACUAUUAUUCUCAGAUUAUGAUUGUGUAGAACACCUGAAGAUAUCUACAAGUUAGUAGAUGCAAUAAGAAAUCUUAUUUCUAUAAACCAAUAAAAAUGUUUAAAAUUCAACUAAAAAAAUAUCAUUUACAAUAGCAUUGAAAAAUAUUAAGUACCAGGAAAUAAUCCAACACACCAUGUACAAUGCACAUUCUGGGAGAAAAUUAUAAAACUUUUUUGAAAGACAUUAACGAAGACAAAUUAAUGAGAGUUUAUAGAUAAGAAGGCUUAUUUUUAAUAUAUCCUUCCAAAAUAGACCUAUUUUGGAAUAUUAUGGGUUAAUAUGAUUCCAAUAAAAAUCCCAGCAGUGUUUUUUGUGAAACCUGACAGGGUGAUCCUAAAAUUCGUAUGGGAGAACAAAGGGCCAAGAAUAGCCAGGGCACCUGAAUGUGGAGAGACAUGCUUUACCAGAUAUGAAGAAUUCUAGGUGAGAAGUCUCAAGACUGAAAAGGCUCAGUCCCUCCAGAUUCUAGAGUCUAGAAAGCCUUUCUUGACCCUAGACUCUAGGUUAAAUGCUCCUCCCAGUGCUGCUUCAGUAUUCUCUACUCGCCUGAGCACUGCCAUUAUCACUACUGCUUGAAACCGUAAAGGAAUGAAUAUACUUCUAGAUUUGAUGUAUUAAAAAUAUAAAAUUUUCAUAGUAAAAAAAUAGCAUAAUCUAGUGACAAGCGGUGGAACAUUAUAAGGCAUAUGACAGAUAAUGUACAAAUACACUUAGUAAUCAAAUGAUGAGGCACUAUCCAGAGCACAAGACAUGAAGAAACUGCUCAUAAGAGAUUAUUGUGUGUAGUAACUACAUGUAGAUUCAACCAGAUAAUUCAAUGAACAUAUCAAAUAAAUACAGAUUUAAAUGAUAAAAUCCCAUCAUAAAUUAUGAAGUUGGUAUAAAGAUUUAUUUG